CGUUUUCCAUCGUUCUGCAACUCCCUUGCUCCACACCGAAAACAAUUCGUUCUCUCGUCCCUUGCUCCACACCGAAAAAUUGACCGAUCCAAAGACUGGAUCCACUCAGAAAUCUUUGUCCCAGGUAUCCAUCAUUCAACCGGUAUCCGACUGCGGGCUCGCCAUUCUUUCGAUCUUAUCGCACUUCUAUUUACAAGAAGUCAUGAAUGUUAUUGACUGGUUGGGGAUUACAUUAGCUGGCAUUGGCACCAUAGGAGUUGGCGCCGGUGGAGAGGAGCAAGAGGCUUCUUCAGUAUCUAUUUUGCAGUUACCACGGUUGGCAUUCUCUGUUGUGAUCUUGUUUACCAAAAAAGGAGAGAACAUUUAUUUGGGAUCGCAUGGUGCACCACCAUCACAAUCAUGGCAGAAGGAGCUAAACAUGUCCAGUCGUAAGCAACGGUUUAAACAAAAACUAAAAGAAGCUGAUAGAAGGAUCGGCGGGGCAGGGCGAGAGAACAAGGUGGAAAAUUUGAAAGAGCUUGUAGGUGGUGGGAAAGCAAGCCCCAAUAUGUCAAAGGGUUCCCCCAGGGAUUGGCUAGACCCACAUUGCGAUGAGUCGCAAUUUGAGAAGUCAUAACCCCAUUGAAUCAAAGCUUUUUGUGGCUUAAGAUACUUAAACGGUGCAAAGUUUAACAUACCGGCACCAUUUAUGAUAAGUCUUUGUCUUAUUAUAUGCAAGCGAAUUACUGAGCUUAUGUAGUUUGACAAUAAUCCGUCAACCAAUCCAUUUGAUUUUA